AUGGCGGAACCAUACAACGUUUACGAUGCCCUUUCAGACAGAGGGUCUGUUUCAAGGCCUACUUUUUCAGGUCACUUCUCAACAGAAGCACCACAAUUGGCAUCUCAUAGUAUUCCGCUUUCUACUGAAUUUCCUGGUGCUUCUUUGGAUUUUCUACAAAGAGAUGUAGAAAUAAAUCCAAUGCGGCUUGCAUCAUAUGGUUUGGAUGGUUAUUCAGGUGUUGGAGUUUGUCCUGAACCUCUCAUUGGUGGAGUAAUGCCAGGAGCUGGUGGAAAGGGUUACUCAUCUCCGCUAGAAGAUCCCAGUUUAUUAACCCAAAGAGGGGACGCUUCAGUUUGUGCUGUUGGUGGAGCAAUGCUGGGAGCUAGUGGUAAGGGGUACUCAUCUUCACUAGAAGAUCCAGGUUUAUUAAGCCAAAGAAGAGGGGAUGCUUCAGUAUGUGCUACUGCAGCAAUUCCUGAUAUGAUUAAUGACAGGCCUGGUUCGCUAAGUGCUGAUGCUCCUCCAGUGCCAAAAUUGGAAUCGAACAUUCUGUUUGUUGAUGGACUCCCUACUGAUUGUACCAGAAGAGAAGUAGGCCGUAUCCUUAUUGGAGAUUAUCAAGAUCUCUUUCGUCCUUUUAUUGGCUACAAAGAAAUCAAAGUUGUUCACAAGGAGGCCAGAAAUGGUAGAGAUAGGGCUACUGUCUUAUGCUUUGUGGAAUUCACUGAUGCAAAGUGUGCUGGGACUGCCAUGGAAGCUCUUCAAGGUUACAAGUUUGAUGAUAAGAAGCCUGACUCCCCUACCUUGAAAAUCCAAUUUGCACACUUUCCUUUCCCACCUCCGUCUGAUCGUGAUGGGGAAAGGAUUGGGAUCCAGCACUAG